AUGGCCGCACAGAUGAAAGGUAGACCACCAAAAAGACCAAGAGGCGACUCCGCGGUCAUGAUCUCUCCGUCUCUUUACUGCAGUUUUAGCACUUGCACUGCGUCUUUCAACUUUUUUUGCUGGAGCUCGUUUUUAGGUCUUCUUGCUUGCACGAACAUUGCGAGAGCCGACGUGUGGAUCCCACUAACGGAGCAGGACGGGCGGUAUUUUGCGCGGACGGAGUUUGGAACAACGACCAGUAGUGUGGAAAUACAGGACGAACCGAGAACGUCACCGCAAAAUCAUAAUAAAGCGGACGACCUCCAAGAGCAGCUGCAGAGUAGAGCUGAUUCUCCUGUUGCGACGUCCUCAUCUCCCCAGGCCCUUCUUGUGUCCCUGAACGCACCGUGGUCCUGGAUUCCGGGGGUGGAAUGCACCUCCUGCGAGCCAAUGCCGCCCGGAUUCGCGCGGAAAUUCAACGCGACAGCAUCCAAAACGUUUCAAGACGCGAAGAUUGCGUUCGAGGACACCAUGGGUCACGAGUUUGACAGUGCGCUUGGGAUGUUAGGACGGGACUUCGCGCAAUUUUCUGGCGGGAGAACGGAAAAAAAUCACAAAGUGGAACAUGAGAGAAGGACCUCAAGCAGUGGUAGCUUCAUGGACAACAGACACGUUCUCGAUUCUGGCGUUGGUCACGUCGGUGAACUUUCAGCUGCAGGCAAUAGAGUUACAGGCAAAUCAGCAACCGUUUCGCAGAAUGGUGAAAGUGGUGAUAACGACGAGGACGAUAAUACUUUCAGAAGUACCAAAAAAUCAGCCCCGUUGUUGCCACCAGUCGUGACCUUCAGUACUACAUCUACCCCACCCACAACCCGCGUUUCUUUCACGUUCGGGGUGGUGAAGCAGACCCGUAGAUCCGGUAUGAAAGCCUCACCAGGUUGGAAAUCCUCAAAGUGAAAAUAGUUUGUAAUGCAAGAAAACGACUCCAAUUGAAGCGCCAUUUCUAGUUGGCGCAUGACAAAUUUCCCGGGCACUCAAAGCAUGUCUGUCAUGCUGGUUAGGACAAAGGGGUGGCCUUCUCUCGUGGUAAUCAGCAGCCCAAUUCUUAGCCUUGAUGCUUUAGCAGGAAAUAAAUAGUCAGCCUCCAUUGCGUCCUCUGCAAUACAGUCGCUCUUGCGUCUCAAAUUAUUUCCACUUCAUGCAUCACAAAUUAUUUCCACUUUGAGAAUUUCCAUUCUGAGGCUUUCAUAUCCGGGAGUCCCUUUUUCGGAAACGGUUUCUCCGGUAUUCUCGGGUUUGCACCCAACACCACGACCAACCUACUGCUCGAGUUAAGAAAGCAGGGGGUGAUUUCCAGUCCGAUUCUUGCACUCAACUUCGGCGGCGAGGGUCGUGUUGGAAGUAGCGAAUUACGAACGCGGACAGCUUCUACGCGAACUUCAGCUCUAGUGCCUGUAUUGUCAUCAACAUUUGUUGACUACAAGAAUCCGACUCUUGCCAGCGCAACCGCAACGACCACGAGCAGUCCGCGCAGUCCGCCGGUAAUGCAGCUGGGCGGUGUGGAUCCGACCAGUUUCGAGGAGAUGUACUACUUCCCCGUUGUGCCCUCGAAAGACACGAAAACCUUCGACAACUGGCGGCUUGGGAGUACGGGCACCUUUGCCUGCAACGGCAAAAACUUCACCUCCCCCGCGAGCCGGGACUUUGGGGUGCUGCUUACCACCAGCCUGGAUGUGAUCGCCGUCCCCGAUGACGAGCUGGAGGAGUUUGUGGAAACGCAUUUGAAGCAGUUUGUCGUGCGGACGGAGAAAGGUAUAGUACUUGAUUGACGACACUUAUGAUUCUCCGAGUUCUACUUACUACCUAGGGAUCCGCCGUAUACUAACUCAACUCUGGUGCAUGUUUGUCCUCUGCUGUAAAGUUGUUGCAAAGAAAUCAACCGCACCUAUCAGCGCCUCGUACUUCUAUAGUAUACGCUUAUUUUUGACCCGUGCUAACCGUGUUGUAGUCAGUUUUGCAACUACGGUGAUUUUGCUGUGGGCUUGCAAUGCAUUUCAUAUUCAUUUUCAUGCGACGCUGCAUAGAAACUGCUGCAUCCAUCGUGUUUAUUCCAGGCAUCUACCUACUAAAACCCGGGGCCGAACUUGCCGUGGACAUCUGUUUCAAGGGAGAAAAAAAUGCCGAGAAGUGUUUUCUUCUCCGUACGGAGGACUUGCUGCAGAGCACCGUCCUCGGCGACUACCAGAUGCUGCUGCUGCUGCCGCAUUCCCUCAUGCGCCCGGGCUUUCCGCUGGGGCAGAGCGGCUGGAUCUUAGGCACCAGGUUUUUGAAACACCUGUACUCCGUGUUUGAGUACUCCACGCUGAUCCGAAACCCCCGGGUCGGCCUGGCCAUACCCAGGGUUUGAGUAGUAGAAGCAAGCUCCUUCAGGCCGCUUUGAAAAAUAAAAAUUUGAUGAUGGCUACAGAAAAAACAACACGUGCUAAAAAUGUAAAUGAUCCUCAAGAGACUCAGUACUGCAGCUCAAAAGAGAUUUACUAAGUAC